AUGGUAGUAAUACACGCACAACCCAGCACAUCUGCCGCUCCUCACAAAAAGAACAGGCGCAAGCUGUCCAAGAAGGCAUCAGCAAAGCCUACAAAUGCUUCGGCGCAUAACGACCAGGACGACGAUAUGGAUGGCACUGUUGCUGAUAUCACGGAGAGCAUUCCAUCCACGGAUGCACAAUCAGCACCGGUUGAGCUGCAGGCGUACGAAGACGACGCUGUUAUGAUCGAGACAGACUCCUCCACCCUGCCCGAACAAACCGCCGCCCCCGCUUUCCCCCCGCUCCCAGCGUCCGCACAGCGAACGACGCUGAAGUCUGAGACGAGGCGGAUACCUAUACCCCCACACCGCAUGACCCCUUUGAAAAAGGACUGGGUGCACAUCUUUUCGCCGUUGACCGAGAUGCUGCAGCUACAAGUCCGGAUGAAUGUGCAGCGAAAAAGUGUGGAGAUCCGGACAUCGAAACAUACCCAAGACGUUGGUGCGAUCCAGAAGGGUGCCGAUUUCGUGAAGUCGUACGCCCUGGGUUUCGAUGUGAACGACGCCAUUGCGCUUCUCCGUCUUGACGACCUAUACUUGGAUUCUUUCGAGAUUAAGGACGUGAAGACACUCCACGGCGAUCACCUGUCUCGGGCCAUUGGUCGCAUUGCCGGUCAGGAUGGCAAGACUAAGUUCACAAUUGAGAAUGCGAGUCGAACUCGAAUUGUGCUUGCCGAUACCAAGAUUCAUAUUCUGGGCUCGUUCCAAAAUAUCAAGAUUGCUCGUGAUGCGAUUGUAUCGCUCAUCCUGGGGUCACCUCCGGGGAAGGUCUACGCGGGUCUGCGGACGGUGAGCAGCCGCAUGCGCCAGCGAGCAUUGUAA